UCAGAAUAUUUAUGAAGCGUGGCGAUGCGCAAUUACUUGAUCGCCCCUAAUCUGGUCGGCGGUGGACCUCCGAACAGAAAUCAGAAGAAAUUAUCGAUCUUCUCUGGACUUCGGAGGAGGAAAAAGGAAUAAGAUUGAUGGCUGUUAUCUCAUGAUCGCUCGACCAACCGCAGUUGAAGAGUGACCAACCACGAAGAAAAGAAUUUGCGCAUCUUUUUUCUGGGAGAUUAAUACAGCCUUUCCUGAAAUUUCUGUAUUCGAUUCGUUUUUUGCUUCGAUUGAAGCUCCGGGAGGAAACAAGGAUUUCUGAAAUUUUCAGUUUAGUUGGAGGUGAAGAUGGCAACAGUAGGGCAUACACGUCCGACCAGUUGGUUUAACCAAAAGAUCGUCGAUCCUCUCCUCCAAAUCCUCCAGAGGGGCGCAGAGCCGAAGCAACUGGCAUUCUCUGCAGCUCUCGGCACAACCCUGGGACUGUUUCCUAUAUGCGGGGUCCCUGUUUUCCUAUGUGGGUUUGCAAUUGCAUUUCUUGGACCUCUUUGUCAUGCUCCAACAGUGAUGCUUGCCAACUUUGUUGUUACUCCCAUAGAAUUGAGCUUGGUGGUGCCUUUCUUGCGCUUUGGUGAAGCAAUUUCCGGGGGACCUCGUUUCCCAUUUACACCUGAUGCCUUGAAGAAAGUUUUUACAGGCCAAGCUUCGCAUGAAGUACUACUGAGUAUUGCUCAUGUGUUGUUGGGAUGGCUUGUUGCGACGCCCUUUAUUUUGGGCAUUGGAUACAUGUUGUUUUUACCAUGUUUCAAGAUUUUGGUCCGCAAGUUCAGCACUGGUGCAUCAAGCCCAAAGAAGUCACCUCAUUCACACUCAGAAGUCAGACUGAAGUUGCUUCGCUUUGUAAUGUAUUGAAUACAGUUCUCUGGAUGAAAGUUUUGCAACAAAUCUUAAGCUGGGCUGGCUCCUACUACAGCAUGAAACUGAUGCAAGCUUAUUAUUCACAUCACUGCAUGGUUGUAUUGUAUGUGUACCCUACCCUGCCUUACCGGUAGUAAACCUUUGAAAUGUCAAGCUCUGAAAUUGAGGAGCCAAAAGAUAAUGUUUCCUUUUCAACGUU